AUGCCUGACCCGAGGAUGGUUGACCCGAGAAUGCCAGACCCGAGGAUGCCUGAUUCGAGGACUUUUGAUUCAGAAACGACUGACCCGAGAAUGCCUGAUCCGAGGACUUCUGAUUCGAGAACGCCUGACCCGAGAACGCCUGACCUGAGAACGCCUGACUCGAGGACGCCUGACCCGAGAACACUUGACCUGAGAACACCUGACUCGAGGAUGUCUGACACUAGAAUGCCUGACCCGAGAACGCCUGAUCCGAGGACAUCUAAUUCAAGAACGCCUGAUCUAAAGACUUCUGAUUCGAGAACGCCUGACCCAAGAACGCCUGACUCGAGGACGCCUGACACGAGGACUUCUGACCCUAAAAUGCCCUACCCAAGAACGCCUGACUCGAAGACGCCUGACCCGAGGACUUCUGACCCUAGAACGCCUGAUUUGAGAAUGCCUGACCCGAGGACUUCUGACCCGAGGACUUCUAACCCGAGGACGCCUGACCCGAGGAUGCUUGACCCAAGGACCCCUAACCCAAGGACUUCUGACCCUAGAACGUCUGACCCGAGAAUGCCUGACUCGAGGACGCUUGACCCGAGAACGCUUGACCUGAGGACUUUUUACCCGAGGACUCCUAACCCUAGAACGCAUGACUUAAGGACACCUGAAACCGAGGACUUCUGA